AUGUCGGAUUUAGACAGUGAAUAUCCGAGAGCGGAAAGUGGAAGACCGUUUCUACCAGAAGAAGAAAAAGAAUUUGUGAAACUCUUCAAUAAACAAAAAUUCAGACCUAGAACAGCUAUUUUAACAGUGUGGUUUGACUACCCCAAAAACAUGUUCUUCCAACCGAUAAAGAAGGUAAAAAGGAAACGGGUAACAAAAUCAGAAAUAGUGAAAGCCGGUGGACGAAUUAUUAGAAUAUUAGAUGGUAUAGUUUACGAAGAAAAUUUUAAAACUCCACCCUAUAGAGAUUAUAUUUUAAUUUUGAGAGAUCUAAGAAAUAAAUAUAAACGAGAAGGUAAUAUCGUGGGUAGUAAUUGCAUGAAAUUAUUAGGUAAUUCCUUGUAUGGUAAAUCAAUUCAGAAAGAUAUAUUCACAACUAGACAUUUAUGGAAUGAAGCAAUUUUACAGGCCAACUUUGAUUCACGCGUUAAAACCUAUGAGAAAAUUAAUGAUACUCAAUAUAUUGUUGAAACGGAAAUUGAAGAAAAAGAUAGUAAAAAAAAUAAUGAACAAUUUCAUUCACGCCAUAAAUGGAUUUUAUAA